UAUAACUAACCCCACAUUGGUUGGCCGGGUGGCGAAGGCUUGAGACUUUGGAGUGUACUUCUCUCAAGGUCUCGUGUUUGAAUCCUCCUGGCGCUACUUCCUGUGUUGGGUCACUCCAUGUAGAGCAAAACUCUGGCUUUAAACGAGCCCUCCGCUAGUGGACAGUGGGAUUGAUGUUCCUCGGAUUAGUCGGUCCUUGGGCCGGAUACCUGAGUCCUAAAAAGAAAAAAACUACGUGCUUUUAGUUAGUUGAUUGAAUCGGUAAGAGAGGGAAGUUUAUAAAUAGUGUAUAGAUUGGACUUGCCGGCCAUAACAAGAAGAAGGCCAUUGUGCCUAAUUAGCAACCUCGGCCUCUACCCCAAAUGUUAUCAGAAAUGCACAAGUUGGAGGUACAACCGUAGGAGUGAGACAUUGGCCAAGUGGAAAUAAAUACCAGCAUGUGAAAAUAUAAGGUUGACUUGGUAGUUGAGAUAAGGGAGCCGAGGGUUUGAGUGAUAAGGAGGUCAAGAGUUUGAUCCUCAUCCCCAGUAGGAAUUUGCUAUUGAGUGCUUUCUGGAUUCAUUCAUAAAAUGAAAUCAGGAUUCAAAAAUGGAUGGCCUUCAAUCGUGCGUCUUCGUCUCAAAGACAAAACAGUGACACCCUUUUGCAUAUUCUCUAAAGUGAAAUCAGCUGGAAACAAACCUGGGAAUACUCCUGUCUAUCUCAAUGUGUAUGAUUUGACCAAUGUUAAUGGCUAUAUGUAUUGGGCUGGUGUUGGUAUUUUCCACACCGGGGUUGAAGUUUAUGGAGUAGAAUAUGCAUUUGGAGCUCAUGACUGUCCAUCAAGUGGUGUAUUUGAGGUUGAACCUAGGCAGUGUCCUGGAUUUAAGUUUCGGAAGUCGAUUUUCAUGGGAACUACUAGCUUAGAUCCAUUCCAAAUUCGAGAGUUCAUGGAGAACCAAUCUGCAAAAUACAAUGGUGAUAGUUAUCACUUGAUUGUGAAAAAUUGCAACCAUUUCUGUGAAGAUAUUUGUUACAAGCUAACAGGGAAUUCUAUUCCCAAAUGGGUCAAUCGUCUCGCAAGAAUAGGUUCCUUUUGCAAUUGUAUACUCCCCGAUGCCCUUAAAACUUCGACAGUUCAGCAUGAUCCCAACUUUGAAGGGCGUGAUAGUGAAAAAAAGAGACUUCGAACUGCUUUCAGUUGCUGGUCAUCAAUCUCGAUGCCACAAAUGGAAGUAUCUAUGUCUUCGUUGUAUCUGCACUCUCACUAUAAAGGUUGCUUACCGCCUUGGCAGUUAAGGAAAUCUAAAAAAGACUCGCUGAAGCAAAAACGAGAAGACAACUUUGCUUCUCAUUAAUUUUUCUCUCUUGUAGAGCUUCCAUUGUCUUUCUGGUAACUGAUUACUGGAAAAUGAAUUAUUGUUUUCAGUCAUCCAUGCUCUUAAGCAAAAUUUUCUGUCAAUAUUUAUUUUGAUUAUUCAAGAUGUUUCUAUUUUUGUCUUUU